AUGUUGGUGUUACCACAAAGUGGUCGUGGAAAAGAAACCGUUGACCUCUUGAUAUUUUCGACUAAAAAUAUGAUGCAACACGGUUCUUGCAAGUGUAGUAAAACUGAACUUGUUUCUGCUGUACCUCCAACCAUGUUAACCAUGCAAGAUGGACAAUGGACGGAACAUUACCCGAUUUCGGCUUUGAAUAAUUCAGCGCCCAUGGAAUUUAUUAUUCCUCCACAAACGGAAAAAUGGACAGAUUCGAGUCAGUCCUAUUUGUACAUCACAUUCAAAGUGUUCAAAGCUGAUGGAACAGACCUGGAGGCUGGCACUGUGGUCAAUAACUUUUCCCACAGUAUGUUCAGUAGCAUUGAUCUGUAUUUGAACAAUAAACUGAUUUCGAGCAACACACACACCUAUCCGUACAUAGCCUACAUUGAAAAUAUCCUGUCCUACAACAAUUAA